AUGUAAUAUUAAAAUGAAUCUGUACAAAUAAAUCGAAAACAGUAAUUACUGAGAAGAGAAAUAUAUGAUAAAGGGUAUGAUUGUUAAGCUUUUUAAGAUUAUAUGGAAUAGUUAAAAGUAAAUGGUACUAUUUAUAUAUUUAAAAUUUAGGAGGACAAGAUGUUAAUAUAUGGACUUAUCAUGAACUUUAAGAGGCAAUAAAUUUAUUUCAAACAACAAAUCAACCUUAAUUAGAAACUAUUGAUUUGGAUGAUGUAUCUUGUAGAUAAUCAUAAAUUGAUGACCAUAUAUAAUUUGAAAGUUAAUCCUCAAUUUAAUAAUUGCCAUAAAUAAAAGAAGAGUAAUCUUAAUAGAAUUUAAACCAAUAAUCUUAAAUUGUAUAAAAUAAAAUACAUGAAGAAAUUGUUGCUAAACCAUCUGUUGAUAAUGAUCGAUUCUACUAAAAAAUCCAUUUAUGCAAGUCAUAAGAUAAAAAAAUAUUGCUAAUGGCUAAAGAAUUAAAUGUAUGUAUUACUAAAUUCGAAAAAAUUCCAGGUGGUUUAUUUUCAGCAUCAUAUUAUACAUAUAUAAUUACAACAGAGCCGAUUGGAUGGAAUGUAUAAAGAAGAUAUAAUGAUUUUUUGUGGCUUAGAGAAAUUUUAAGUAAAUUAUACCCUGGUCGAUAUGUAAUAUAUAUAUUUAAAUAGAUUCCUCCUUUACCUAAAAAAACUGUAUUGAAAAAUGAUUAAGAGCUUUAUUUAAUAAAGAGAAUGAAAUUUUUAGAAGUAUCAAUUUUUAAUUAUAUAUUAGAAAUUUCUAUAAUAUUUGUUUUAAUAUGAAUUGAUAAGACAUGAUAGAUGGUUCUAAGCUUUCUUAUCAAUUAAAGAAGAAAAAGAUUUUAAACAUAUUUAAAAAUUAAGUACUUAAAUAUCAAGAGUAACUAAAUUAGAAUAGAUUAUUUCUUUAGAUGGACAAAUUUAAUUACAAAUUAAUGAUAAUUUAGGAUCAUAUAAUAAUGAAUCUGCUUUAUUAAUUAAUUCAAUUGAAGUCAAUUAUAAGAAACUAAGAAAAGAAUCAAAAUAAUUAUUAUUAGAUUUUGAUUAGUUAUCUAAUACUAUUUAUAAUAUGGGAUAAACGUGCACUGAUUUAUAUCAAUUUUCAAAUAAGUUUAAUUAAUCUAUUCCUUAAGGAAAAAUUUCAAAAUUAGACAUACUUUAUAUAUCAAUGAAUAAUAUGCUAGUAUAAUGGGGAAAUAAUCUAACUGCUUAGAUUAAAAUUGUAUAAGAAGAACUCUGUUCUUUUUUCAAAUUUCAUCAUCAUUCAAUUAAUUCCUUAAAAGAAGUAAUUAAAAUUAUCAAAAUAGUUCAUAAAAUAAAAAGAAAAUGCACAUUAAGAAUAUGAAAAAUUUAAAUCAAAAUUAGAAUUAAAGAAACAUAAAUUAUUCACAUUAUAGGACUUUAAUAGAUGGGAAAUACCAUCUAUUUAAAUAAAAGCCUUAUAGGAUAGUAAUUUAACCUAAAAUAGAGAAGUUUGUUUAGCGAUUAUGCUUCCAUAAGAAACUACUUUAUAAGAAGAGUUAAAAAACAUCUUUGCCUAUUAUAACUAUUAAUAAUUUUCAGAAAUAAAUACUCAUCUUGAAAAUACAGUUUCAGAUUUUUCAGAACACUUUAUAUAGUUUUGUAGUUUAUAAAAAGAGAUGAUUGCUGAGGUACUAUAUACAAAAAAUAAUUUAGCAAAAAUUAGUUUGGGACAAGAGCAUUAUAAAUUUUAAUAAUUUACAUCACCAACAAUAAAUUAUACUAAAGAAAACUUGA